UCGGGGUGAGGGGUGAAAGUUCACGUUCCCGGCUGGCGGCCAUUUGUCUGCCUUCCGUACGAUUGCCGGCUAGAGGGAGGCGGAGGCAGGGGCGGCAGCGGCUAGCUUCACGUGGGCGCAGGAGAAUCGGCGGCGGCGGGCGGCCCGUGGCGCUCUUUGGUGGUCACGAUGAGUUUACCCCUCAACCCCAAACCGUUCCUGAAUGGACUGACAGGGAAGCCGGUGAUGGUGAAGCUUAAGUGGGGAAUGGAGUACAAAGGUUACCUGGUCUCUGUGGAUGGCUACAUGAACAUGCAACUUGCAAAUACAGAAGAAUACAUAGAUGGGGCAUUGUCUGGACACCUUGGUGAAGUUUUAAUAAGGUGCAAUAAUGUCCUUUACAUCAGAGGUGUCGAAGAAGAGGAAGAAGAUGGGGAAAUGAGAGAAUAACAUCUUUUCUGGGGUGGGGUGGGGUAGGGAUUUCUUUUGU